AGAGAGGGAGAGAGAGAGAGUGAGGGAAAGAGAGAGAAAGAAAGAGAGUGAGGGAGGGUGAGUGAGGAUCAUAUUUAGGCUACUGCCGCUCUCCUGUCAAAUAAGCGCUUCACUAAACAGAUCAAAAUGACUAGUCAGUUCGAAGAAGAUAUCCACGACCGGGGAGAAUGUAAGAGUAAAUCGCCCACUCUGCUCUCCUCCUAUUGUAUAGACAGUAUUCUGGGCCGACCGAGCCCCUGUAAAGUCAGGCUGAUAGGGGCGCAAAGUUUGACAGCUCUACCCGGGAGACAGGAGCACGACAAGCAGACCGAAGAUCCCCUAUCCCUAGACACAGACAUGCACCUUCCACCAAAGAUGCGCCGGCUCUACGGACCAGGGGGGAAGUACCUGGACCACGGCCGGGGUUUAGUUCAUGACAUAGGGGAGAAAUUGGACAAGGAGAGGCUCCUGGUGGACCAAGCCUGCGAGAGCCUCAAAAUCAUCCAGGCUCCACAGGUGAGCAUCAGCCGGAGCAAAUCGUACAGGGAGAACGCGUCCCUGAUCCGGGGAGAGGGAGGCCAGAGUCCCACUGAAGGGCCGGAAGAUGGGCCUAGACUAAGGCUGGGCGAGUUAGGGUCGAUGAAGUUUGACGAGGACGCGGGAAAAGAGGAGGAGAGCUGCGGGGAGACGAUGGGUCUCUCCCCGAAGGACGACGAGAGGGAGAGCCUCCACGCCGGAGAUGGAGACGUGAGGGACGGCGAGGACAGCGUGUGUCUGUCGGCAGGCAGUGAUUCGGAGGAAGGAAUGCUAAAACGCAAGCAAAGAAGAUACAGGACUACAUUCACCAGCUAUCAGCUGGAGGAGCUGGAGAGGGCUUUCCAGAAGACACACUACCCCGACGUCUUCACCAGAGAAGAGCUUGCGAUGCGGCUGGAUCUGACCGAGGCGCGCGUCCAAGUAUGGUUUCAGAAUCGUCGUGCUAAGUGGCGUAAGCGUGAAAAGGCAGGUGUCCAGACACACCCCUCUGGACUCCCUUUCCCUGGCCCCCUGUCAGCCGCCCACCCCCUCAGCCACUACCUGGAUGGGGGUCCCUUUCCCCCACACCCUCACCCUGUCCUAGAGUCUGCCUGGACAGCUGCUGCUGCCGCAGCAGCUGCAUUUCCUGGUCUAGCUCAUCCCCAUAGCAACCACUCAGGCCAGCACCUAGGGACACCGCUGGGCCUCGGAACAUUCCUGGGUACAGCCGCUAUGUUCCGUCACCCUGCCUUCAUGGGACCCACCUUCGGCAGGCUCUUCUCCAGUAUGGGCCCUCUGACCAGUGCUUCCACCGCCGCUGCACUCCUCCGCCAGCCUGCCCCGCCCGUCGAGACUCCCUCCAUCCCUCCGCCAGUCCUCUCCGAACCUUCUUCCUCCUCUCCCUCCUCCUCCGCUGCAGCGGAUCGCAGGGCCUCCAGUAUUGCAGCUCUGAGGCUGAAGGCUAAAGAGCACUCUGCUCAGAUCACCCAGCUCAACAUCCUGCCCAGCGGAGCUCCUGGGAAGGAGGUGUGCUGAACAGCUGUUACCCCACCCAGCACUCUCUUUCCUAAGCUUCUGUCCAUCCCCUGUCCCCCCUCUCCACCUCUCAUAUCCCUGCAGAUCUGGGAAAGGAGUGGUGGAUGGAUCCAACCCUGACCCCUGAUCUCUGUCUCCUAAACCCUGAUCCUCUCUGGGCUGAAGACUCCUUUCCCAACAGCCCCCCCCUCUUCCCCAUACCUCUUACCCUCAAACAAAAAGCACGACCAAAUUCAAAUAGCACUGGCAAACCAGAGCGCUGUGUGUGUGUGUGUGUGAGAGAGAGCAUCAUUC